UCUCAAAAUUUUCAAUGCCACUCACUCUCUUCCGUUCACGUUUGGUUUCGUACCAAACACAGCCUUGAGUAACCGAAAACAAGCAUUUUAACUCAUGACAUUUAUACUCAACGGAGUGCCGCUUUUCUGAGUUCUCUUACUCUAAUCGACGAGAUAAGAAUAAUUUAUUGAAAAUGAGGUCUCAGUUUGCAGAUCUGCGAGGACUCUUCUCUCCGCUGCUUCUAAGCAGACUUCUCGUUCCUUUUCGGGAGGGCGUUCUGCUGCUGCUGCAGCUACAGUUUCAUGUAGAGGAAGAGCUUCGUCUCUAGCUUCCUCCGGUGCAUCUGAAUCAGGAAACAAGUAUAGGAGUUGGAUUGCAGGAGCCAUUGCCCUUCCAUCAGCAGCAUAGUUUUCAUGCUCCAGGACCAAGAGGGACGUGCUGCUGAGAUGGAGCGCACUUUUAUUGCCAUCAAGCCUGAUGGAGUGCAGAGAGGAUUGAUAUUAGAAAUCAUAUCACAUUUUGAGCGCAAGGGUUAUAAACUUGUGGCAAUCAAGAUUUUGGUUCCUAAAAAUGAAUUUGCCUAGAAGCAUUAUCAUGAUCUCUAGGAGAGACCUUUCUUCAAUGUCUUAUGUGAAUUCCUUAGCUCUGGACCAGUUGUAGCUAUGGUCUGGGAAGGCGAAAGAGUCAUCAAAUAUGGUCGUAAACUCAUAGGAGCUACAGAUCCACAUAAAUCUGAACCAGGAACCAUCAGAGGGGACUUGGCUGUUGUCGUUGGAAGAAACAUAAUUCAUGGUAGUGACGGUUUGGAAAUUGCGAAGGAUGGAAUCAAACUGUGGUUCAAACCUAAGGAAUUGAUAAGUUACAUGAGCAACGCUGGAAAGUGGAUAUAUGGAGAUAACUAA